AUGGCGACAACAGCCGAUAUGGAAUCAUCCUCAUCACCUUCUCUCCCAAAGGAGAGAGUCGAUAUUCAGGUCGAGAAUGACAGCAAAGGGAGCAAGGAAUCUCCUCCUUUUAAGAACUAUAUUAGAAUACUUUCUUAUGGCGCUCAAGAUGGUCGCAUCUUUCUCGUUAUCCUGGGGACGAUAUGUGCAAUGGGGUCUGGAGUGCUGACAGCCUCUCUGGCCUUGCCAUUAAUGAACAUUGUUUUUGGUAGCCUUGUUGGUGAUUUCAAUCAAUAUUUCAUUCCGGGUGCUGCUCCAAGCGAAGAAGCUUUCAAGGCUUCAAUCAACAAAAGCAGGUGCGUCUCGUCUCGUCUCGCCUCACCUGAUAUCCUUGGUCUUUACAUCGUAUAUCUGUUCAUUGGAAAAUUUGUAUUGACAUACGUUUCAAUGAUUUGCUUUCGAGUAUUCAGCUUGCAUGCAUCUGCGGCACUGCGUCUCGAAUACACGAAGGCAUUGUUUGCACAGCCUAUCAGUCGACUAGACGAGAUAUCUGUGGGGACAAUAACUAAUUCAAUAACCGCCCUGUCAAACACUAUUCAACAAAGUGUGUCUGACCGUCUUUCGAUCUUAUUCCAAUCUCUUGCACUUCUUGUCUCUGCAUAUGCUAUUGCAUUCAAAUACUCUUGGGCACUCACCCUGGUUGUCAGCUCUGCCAUUCUCUUUGUUCUUGUCAGCUUCGCCUUGACCGUACCAUUUCUGGUGAAGCUACAGCAGAAAGUUGAUAAGGCGGACAACCACCAUGCCUCCCUCGCUGCUGAUGUGUUCAGCUCUAUUCGUACAGUUUUCUCUCUUGGUGCAGAGCGCCCUCUAACCAAGAAGUUUGCUCGGUUAGUUGAUGAUGCCAAAAAAGAAGGGUUAAAAAUGUCACCUGUCUCGGGAAUUCACUUGGCGCUUCUAUUCUUUGCCAUGUAUGUCAGCUUUGCGUUGGCAUUCUGGUAUGGAUUAAAACUCUACCGUGAGGGCCACAUUGCAAACAUCAAUACUGUUAUAACUGUCUUCUUCUCCGUACUCCUCGUUGUCACCGUUCUGGGAGGCAUUGCUUCCCCGCUCAUGAUAAUUACGAAAGCCAUUGGUGCAUCUGCGGCAUUCUUCAGUAUUAUCGACUCAGAGACAGUGGCAACGUCUGGUAUCAGCGACCAAGAGGCCUACAGUCGAGCUGAUAUCAUAUUCCACAAUGUUUCGUUUGCUUAUCCAACGCGCCCUUCCAUAUACGCCCUGAACGGCUUCAGUGCAACCCUUCAGACAGGCAAAACAACAGCCCUGGUUGGACCUUCCGGUUCAGGGAAAAGCACUGUUGUUGCUCUGCUUGAAAGAUGGUAUCACCUCGACGAAACAGCUCGGCCAGACUCAACAGAUACAAGGCUUCCAGGCGAAAUCACUGUGGCAAACCACCACAUCACUGAAUUAGAUCUGAAAUGGUGGAGGUCUCAAAUCGGUCUUGUUCAGCAGGAACCGUUCCUAUUCAAUGAGUCAAUCUACAACAAUGUCGCAUUUGGGCUUUUAGGUUCAAAAUGGGAGAAUGAAUCAGAUAAUGCUAAAAUGGAGCUUGUCAUGGAAGCGUGCAAGGAGGCCUUCGCCGACGAAUUUAUAACACGGCUUCCUCUGGGUUACUCAACCAUCGUUGGGGAAGGCGGAAUCGCCCUAAGCGGUGGACAGCGCCAGCGACUCGCCAUUGCACGAAGCAUAGUGAAAAGACCUCCGAUUCUGAUAUUUGAUGAAGCAACGAGUUCUAUUGAUGUGGGUGGCGAGAAGGUUGUUCAAGCCGCUCUUGAUCGCAUAUCAAAAGACCGCACUACGAUCAUGAUUGCGCACCGCCUUUCCACCGUGCGUCGAGCGGAUAAAAUCAUAGUGAUUCGAGACGGAUUAAAUAUUGAAGAUGGAACACACGAGGACCUCAUACACAGCAAAGGAAUAUAUCAUAGCAUGGUUCAUGCCCAGCAGCUUGAGCCACUGACAGAUCUUGGAAAAGAUGAAUCCUCUGGCUAUUCUGAACUUCCGAUGAAAGAACAGAUCAACUCUGAAGAAGGCUACAUUCACGAGAUCGAAGACAACGAAGCUCCACCUAUGGAGCAAAGAGCAAAGAAAUUUGGAUUUUUCCGAUCAUUCGGGAUCAUAGCUUGGGAGCAAAGGAGUCACUGGAUUCUGUACAUCUUGAUUGGCGUGGGAGCCAUAGGAGCAGGGUCCGGGUAUGCAUUGCAAAGCUGGCUUUUUGCAAAUUUGGUCAAAGUAUUCCAGUACACUGGGCAGAAACUUGUUGAUGCGGCCAAUUUUUGGGCGCUCAUGUUCUUUAUUCUUGCUCUCGCCAUGGCCGCAUUCUACUUUAUGCUCGGGUGGGCCUCAAACUCCAUCUCAAUGUUCAUUGUAUCUGCCUAUCGAAAGGAUUAUUUUUCCAACCUUGUCAGUGAGUCUGUUUCAUUCUUCGACCGUGAGGAAAAUGCAUCGGGCAGUCUAGGUGCCCGGCUGUCAACGGAUCCAAGACAGGUCCAAGAGCUUUUUGGGCCCACUGGGGUCUUUCCCCUCAUUUCGGUAUUCAAUGUCAUUGGAUGUGUCAUAAUAUCUUUCAUCUUUGGGUGGAAGCUAGCGGCCGUGACAUUUUUCGCCGCAAUGCCUUUCCUCUUCCUCUCGGCCUUCAUGCGCAUUCGCUACGAGAUCAUGUUUGAGUCUCUCAAUGCGGAGGUCUACAAGGACAGUUCGAAGCUUGCCGCUGAAGCUAUUCGUGGGUUCCGAACUGUCACUUCUUUAACGAUGGAGGAGCAUAUCAUUCAGCGUUAUGCGGAUCUACUACAGCAACAGAGGAAAAAGGCGCUUCGAAAAGCAUGGUAUGCAACGCUUAUCUUCUCAUUUUCGGAUAGUGUUGAACUAUGCGCGAUGGCUCUCACCUUCUGGUACGGUGGGCAGUUGCUUGCGUCUCGGGAAUACGACACUACUGCUUUCUUUGUGGUAUAUAUUGCUAUCAUUCAAGGUGGUCAGUCAGCCGGUCAAUUCUUCAGCUUUGGUCCCAACAUUGCUCAGGCCAAGGCCUCUACUAGCCGCAUAUUGAGUGCGCGAGCAACGACCGAAAGCAUUCUCAAGCUGCCUCCGAAAGAACCGUUUUUCGCGCCCGAUCAAGAUUGCACUGCAGAUAUCGAGUUCAGAAAUGUCACGUUUCAAUACUGUACUCGUAAUGUGCCGACAUUUCUGAAUCUCAACGUGUCUAUUGCGAAUGGACAAUUCGUUGCAUUUAUUGGACCUUCUGGCUCCGGGAAGUCCACCGUCAUUUCGCUUCUCGAACGAUUUUAUGAUACCACGCACGGGUCCAUUAUGCUCAAUGGACGAGACAUACGAUCAAUUGAGCUGUCUUCUUAUCGACGAUACAUUUCUCUUGUCGCACAAGAGCCAAGGCUUUUCGAUGGCACUAUUCACGACAACCUACUUCUUGGCCUCGAAAACACAGACGAACAGCUCAGGGAAGAACAUAUGGUGCAAGCAUGCAAAGACGCCGAAAUCCACGAUUUCAUCAUGUCUCUCCCUAGCGGAUACUCCACAGAACUUGGUGUCAACGCCCAAGCAUCUCUUAGUGGGGGUCAGAAACAGCGUCUCUGUAUUGCUCGAGCUCUUAUCCGGCAGCCACUCGUUCUUCUUUUAGACGAGGCAACCUCCAGUCUGGACUCUCAGUCUGAAAGACUCAUCCAACAAGCCUUGGAGCGUCUAGCCAUGAAACGCAACAUGACAAUCAUCGCCGUCGCACACAGACUAGCCACCAUCCAGAAAGCAGAUAAUAUCUUCGUUUUUGGUGAGAGUGCCUCGAAUCCUGGCACGGAGAUUUUGGAGAGAGGCACGCAUCACGAGUUGCUCCAGAAUAAAGGACCUUACUGGCAAAUGUGUCAAGCUCAAGCAUUAGAGAUGUAA